UUUUUUCUUUUUUCAUGUAAUGUAUUUAUUUAUCCAUCAAAUUUAAUUACACCAGUAGUAGAUAGUAGAACAGAAAUUAGGCCUUCAAUUGCCAAACCCAUUUGCAGAUUUGUUUCGCAGGAUUCCAAAGGAGAAAAGGUUAGAAACUUUGGACUUAAGUGAUGGGAGAUGCUUGUAAGUAUGCAGUGGUUACAGGAGCAAACAAGGGAAUUGGCUUCGAGACUGUUAAGCAGCUCGCCAAUUCAGGUGUAACGGUUGUCUUAACAGCCAGAGACGAAAAGAGAGGAACUGAAGCAACAUCCUUGCUGAAUGAACAAGGAUUUUCAAAUGUUGUCUUUCAUCAGCUUGAUGUUCAAGAUGCUCAGAGCAUUGAGUCCUUGGCAAAGUUCAUACAAACACAAUAUGGGAGGCUUGAUAUUCUGGUAAAUAAUGCUGGAGCUUCUGGAGUGGUACCUGAUGAAGAUGUCCUAAAGGCCAUGAACAUAGAUCUUGUAGACUGGUUACCAGGGAAAACUUUCGAUGACAUUCAAGCUGUGAUGAAAACAACGUACAAGCAAGCCAAAUUAUGCUUGGACACUAAUUACUAUGGUGUUAAGAAUGUUACUGAAGCUCUUCUUCCACUGCUGCAAAAUUCCCCUUCACCAAGGAUUGUUAAUGUCUCCUCCCGUAAAGGUGCUUUAAAUCGAAUGCCAAACGAGGAGAGGAGAAAGGAGCUCGGAGAUAUUGAAAACCUGACAGAAGAAAAAAUCGACAAGAUUCUGCAGAAUUUUUUGCAUGAUCUGAAACAAGAUGCUCUCGAGGUGAACGGUUGGCAGAUGAGUGGACCAGUCUAUAGCAUAUCAAAACUAUCACUUAAUGCUUACACCAGAGUUCUUGCAAGAAAGUACCUGAAAAUGUGCAUUAAUUGUGUCCAUCCUGGUUUCGUCAACACGGAUAUAACCUGGCAUACAGGAACAAUGCCUGUUGAGGAAGGAGCUGAAGGACCUGUCAUGCUAGCUCUUUUGCCCGAUGGAGGACCUACUGGUUGCUACUUUGAUCGUACAGUAGUCUCCGAGUUUUAGAUAUAACAAUAACUAUGCCUCAGUUCCAAACAAGUCGGUAAGGUUUAGUGAAAGAAGACUUUCUUUUAGCAUCUCUUGAUAUUUGGUUAAAUUUCUGAGCCUGGUUGGUGUCCAGACGUUGAAAUGACGAGGGGAGGGAAGGAUUAUACUGAUCAUUCCUCCAUUCCUAGACCCCAUUUGUGAAACUACACUGGCUAUAUGGUUCUUUUUCCUGCUUGA